UCGCAGGAGAGAGAAACGAAUUUAUCACAUACAAAUAAAAGCUUUUUGGAGCAGAAAACGGAGAUUAUUGGAUCAUUUUGUCGAAAUUAGCGAGCCGAACAUUGCACAACCACUACAGAACAGACAAAAGCUACCCACCCAAUACCACCUCCAAGCCCAGCUGUCGAACGCGACCAGAUAUCCCAGAAGGAGAAGAUAGAAGAUCAACGCUCUGUUAUCCUGGGAACGGUUUUAUCUAUUUUUAUUGUUAUUCUUCCUAUUUCACCCUUUGGGUUUUCUUGUAUUCACCAACCAUACCAUUCUUCCAUGGCAUCAUCGAGAUCUAUGGUUCCCUCCCUUCUUCUCUUGUUUAUUUCUGCCUUGUCUCUGUUUCAAUCGGCGUCGUCCUCAUCCGCGUUUUCGGCUUUGUGCUAUCCAUCCUCUGCUUUGUUUCUCUACACUAUUCAAUCUCAAUGUCCUCGGCCGAUCUUGCCGAAGCCACCUCACCAGGUGGAUGGAAAUUUCGUAGAAGGAGUUUUGUCUGGCAAAAAGAAGAUCGGUUUUGUCUCUGUUCUCUUCUAUUCUUCCCAAUGCCCAUUUUCACACAGUUUACUUCCUAAAUUUGAAACCCUCAGUUCUAUGUUUCCUCAAGUAGAGCAUUUGGCAAUUGAGCAGUCGUCAGCCUUGCCAAGCAUAUUUUCAAGGUAUGGAAUCCAUAGUUUGCCAGCUAUAUUACUGGUGAACCAGACAUCAAGGUUGAGAUAUCAGGGGCCAAAAGAUCUUCUCUCACUUAAGUAUUUUUAUGAAAGAAACACAGGAAUUGGGCCAAUUCAAUAUUUUGCUGAUGAUCAACAGCGAAGCUCAUGGAGUGAGAAAAAACCAACUAUGAAGUCACUGACAUUCUUGUCACUGGAAGAAAUUACAACCAGGGAACCUUACUUAGCACUCUCCACAUUGUUUCUCUGCCUGAGAAUUCUUUUUUCUGUAUUUUCAAAGAUUGUAUCGAGCGUCAGGGCUUUGUGGGUUUCGUAUGUUCCUCAUUUAAACUUGCAAAUAUUUGGGGAGACAAGCCAAGCGAUGGGACGUUUUCUUCAUGUGAUUGAUGUCAGAAGGAUUUGGACGAAGCUUAGAAUGUGCAAGGCUAGGAACUUUCAUGUUUGGGCUUCGUCUCUGGCUUCGGUUUCUCUGGGCGAGUCAUCAUCAUCAGCGAGGUGGUCAUCACAAGGUUUGAAUUAACAAACUCAUGCCAGUCCUGUUGAGGCAGUAUGAAAGUUCUUUAUCAGAUAACAUCCUCAAGCUGCAGUGAUGCUUGGGAUCAUAUGGCCCUCUCUCAAAUUUUACUGUUUAGUACCAAUAGUUGAAUGUCGUUCUUGUUGGAGCUGGGUUUUGGGGGAUAGAGAACAGGCAUCUAAUUUUUGAGUACAGCCUUUGACCCCCCUGUAAAUUAUAUGUGGCAUGAAGCAAAUUAUACACGCGCCACUGGAAUUUAACCAUCUCUCUAUCUCACCUGCGAAUAAAACUCACUCGAGAUGAUUGUUUUUCAUGAUUCAA